GCCGUUCUGUCUGCCGUCGUUGUAACGUUAAUUCCUGAUGCAGGUCCAUCUAUGGUCUGGGUACACGGGCUCGUAUGUGCCAUGGCUUGCCAGUGGCCGGCCUUUCAAGUAUUCCCCCGUUCCCCUUGAGACCGACGUUCCCGCUUGCACUGCAUAUUUGGUUACCGCGACUCGAAGGUUCCCUUGCAGCUCGUCAGGUCUUGACGAAAAUUACUCUUGGCUAUGAAUAUCCACCUUCUCGUGUUCGGUGCUGUUUCAAUAUGACGUUCUUGAAGAACACUUGUUGGUCCAGCCGGCGAUUUACGUCGUAGAGGAUUUAUGGUAACCGAAGGGAUAUAAAGGACAGAGAAAUCACUCAUGUUCUCCAGUCAGACUCACCAUCUUCGUCUGCCUACUUCAGCUCAGUCAUCACGAUGCAUUUCUCAGUCGCCACUCUUAUCCCUCUCGCCGCUGGUCCCCGCCCUCUCUGCUUCCGUUCAAGCCAGGGACGGUAGCGUAGGUUACAACGGCUACAGCGACGGCGGUAGCAGGGAAUACGGCAAGGACUAUGGUCACAACGACGGUGGUAGCAAGGACUUUGGCAAGAAGGAUGAUGACAAGGACCAUGGCAGGAAUGACGGUGGCAGCAAGGACUUCGGCAAGGACAACGACGACAAGGACCACGGGCGCAAAGACUGCACUUGGGAGCCUGUGUUCGAGCAUAAGAAGGACUUUAGGGGAUGGAACAAGGGAAAGUACACUCAUUACGACCACAAUGGAUGUCAAGAAGAUACCUACGAGAUCGACUGCAAGAGCCUUUGUGAGAAGGACGACAAAUGUAACUCUUGCCGGGUCUACUCUGAGGAAGAGAUCGAGGAAAAGAUCAUCUGUGAGCUCUUCGAGAACACCAUCGACAUCUUGACCUGGGAGGAUAACUGUGACGAGGACAAGGACGACAAGAAGUACUACGACUCUUCUUGCUGGAAUGUCCACUACAACUACUAAGUCCGAUGAUCCUCACUUAUACCAUUGAGUUAUCAUAUAGUUAUAUAUAUUCAUGAGACUUUGUACGUAUAUUGUUGUAUGAUAGAUGCUAACUCUUCUAUUGAAGUCGUGUCCUCUCGCAAAAGUUCUCGUUAUUGAUACAAUUUUUUUUUUGAGAUAUGCAUUGGCCCAUCUUCUCGUCCGUCCCGCAUCAUUCAUAGUAGUAGAACCCACACUG